AUGUGUGGUGAAUUUUCUGGAAAAGUCAUUGAAAUUGGUAACCCAUUAAUAUUCCAAUUUCAAUUAUUAUCAUCAUAUAGUUGUACCUUUCAAAGUUUGAAUCUUAAGUACAAACCACCAGCUUAUUCUUCAACUGAACAACAACAAAAUAUAUCUGUCAAUUGGUAUCAAGUCACUGGUUCUGAUACAGUAAAACUCCUGGAAAAAGGUGUACGUAUUGAAAUUCAUCAUCCAUUCUCUGUAAAGAAUUUAACUUGGCAUUAUAAGGGUGACUACUUUUCAUCACCAAAGGAAGGUUCUCGUCCAGUUAAAAUCCAUCAAAAAGAGAAACUCAAUCACCAUUUAGAAAGAAUCUACACCGAUUCAGAGAAACCAAAAAAAGUAAAAAAUUUCUGA